AUUAAUGUUGGUCACACUGGUUAUAUUUAUGAACGUUAUUUCGAACAGUUUGUUGAUGUUCAUUUGUGAAAUACAAUAAAGUGAUAAAAAUGUUACCUCUAUCAUUGUUAAGAACAGCACAAAAUCAUCCUAUGCUGGUUGAAUUAAAAAAUGGAGAAACAUACAAUGGGCACUUGGUGAGCUGUGAUAGUUGGAUGAAUAUAAAUCUCAGAGAGGUUAUAUGCACAUCCCGGGAUGGAGAUAAAUUUUGGAGAAUGCCAGAAUGUUACAUUCGGGGUAGUACAAUAAAAUAUUUACGAAUCCCAGAUGAAGUUAUAGAUAUGGUAAAGGAAGAUAUCCAAAUGAAAUCAAGAGGACGUGGAGAAAUGAAAGGAAGAGGACAAAAUCAAAGAGGUCGUGGUACUGGAAGAGGUACUUUUGGUCGUGGUGGAAGGGGUCCUGCAUCUCUUGGCCGUGGUGGUGGUAAUCAAGGAGGGAAUAAAUCACAAAAUAAGACAAGGACUAAAUAAAGUUAAUUUUACUUUAAGUUUAUUAUGGUUAGUUGAUUUUUAUUUCUCUAAAAAUACUUUUAAAAAGAUUAAGGUUUAGUAAAUUCACUAUUUCCAUAUUAGAUACAUGAACAAAUAAGUAAAUCAUAUUUGUUUUAAAUAAAAAUUAGAUUAGUAAUAACUUUUGGCGAAAGUUCAGAAAACUCGAAACGGAACACGUUGCACCAUCUAGCGGCAAAACAGAUGAAAUAAUAGGAAAAAAUGCAUGUCAGAAUACGCAUAUAAGGAAAUUAUAAAAAGUCAUAUUUCAUAACUUGCGCUACAUAUUAUGCUUCCUGAGACAUUUUAAAGCAAAUUCCUAUUAAUAUUUGAUGCCAUUUAUUGCCGAUUAAGUCUAAAAAUUUCCAAAGGGGUAUUAUUUCAAAUUUGCUUCCAUUAGUUCCUACGUUUCACCGCUAGAUGGACGGCAAUUUUGUAGACCAGGACUGAUUUCUUAUUUUCGUUUCUAGUGCUCUGAGGAUGUUCUAAGAGUAAUUUUUUUUAUAAUUAUUAUUGAUGAUUAAUGUAAUUAAAAAAUAUUACUACAUAUUUAUAAAAGAAAAAAUAUUUAUUCCAUUUACAUAAAGAAGACACAUAAAAUCUAAUUUCUUAAUACUAUUUAUACACACCAUUUUUAGUGGUUAAACGUGGAAUAAAAA